GCUUGGGGCCCCAUUGAGGCUUGGGAAGGCUCUCACCUUUAUUCAAAAACAUUUAUCAAUUUUCCAAAAUCUGGAAAGAGAGAAUAAGAAAUUCAGAUGACAGUUCUUUGAGUAUUCAUCCAUUAUCUUUUAACCAAUCAAACUACAUGCAGUUAAGUAAAAAAAAAAAGAGUGAAACCAGAUUAUCUUCAUGUAAAAGAUAGAGGUUUGAAAUGGUUGUGUGUUGUCUGUGGACUUGUGUGACUUUGUAGUUAAAGUAAAUGGAACUACGCUGCCCCCUAGUGGAUUAAUUGAGAACGGCAGAUUGGUUAAGUAAUAAUCAUAGGCCCAUGUGCUUUAACACAAUAUAGUCUAUGCUGAAUCUUUAUCUGCUUUUAUCCACUCACACCGACAGUCUUCAUUCAUGUGCCUCCAGAUAAACUCUCAAAAUCACAGUCCACGUCACUUUCGCGCACAUGUGUGGCCUCUUUCCACAUUCCAGCAGGAAACCCGGAUCUACUUGACGCGGUUCUAGGGUGAAAAGAGGAGGGACCGACGCGGGAUUCCUGCUUCAAACUCCCUCCAUGGCUGCAGCGGUGUGGACUGGCCGAGGACGCAGGGCUGUGACUGUCGUGGGGACACUGACCAGAUCAGGUUCCAGUCAAGCGGCUGUGAAAUCCCAGUAUGACGCACUGGUCAUCGGAGGAGGUGAGAUCUGAGAACUAAUGUGCAGAAAAAAACACAGAGUCUGAGUUGCAAAACGGCAACCGCUGUAAUUCUGCAACAUUGCAACGUACAGUACUUGAGAAAUUUGCAUAAGUUUUUCUUGACUCUUCAUGUUUGAAACCGUGACUCAGUGGAAAAAGAUCCGGAUCUUUUGAAUUGUUUUCUCUUGAGUCAUAUGAUUAAAAUUUUAUCUCAAAUGCUCAACUUUGGACUGUUUAAGUUUGACAAACUGAGUAGGAGCCACAUUAAGCUGAAUUUAAGUAGAAAAUUGAUUGAUUGUCUGACAGGUGUUUUAAUUCUUUGCAGGACACAAUGGACUGGUGGCAGUAAGUUCAUGCAUUCGUUUUCCCAACAUCUACAGUAAACUGUUGACAGAAAAGGCUCAGCCAGAGGGUAAAGGUCAAGUGUGAUUGUGUGUGUGUGUGCAGGCUGCUUACCUGCAGAAAGGAGGACUGAGGACAGCAGUGCUGGAGCGCAGACAUGUGCUGGGAGGAGCAGCUGUGUCAGAGGAACUCAUCCCUGGUGAGGCGGCCUCAAUCUUGUUGUUGAACUCUGGUCACAAAGGGUCGCUUAUCUCUGUUAUCUCAAAGUUUUAUCUCCAUAGAUACAGGUGCUUCUUCGUAGCCUAUUAAACCAGGAAUCUAUUAGAAAACUGUUGGCAGAGAUUAAUGUAAAUUGUUCAGAUCUAGUCUCAGACACUCUUUUGCAUUACAUCCCAUUAACUAUUUGCAUGUCUUGGUUCCUCUGUUUUUAUCUGCAGAGAUGUGCACUUAGAUUUUAAUGUUUUAAGACGGCAUCAAUGUGUAAAGUGUUGUGAAGUCAUAUUUAACGGCCUAAAUGCUUUGUUUUCAGGUUUUCAUUUCUCUAGAUGUUCCUAUUUGCUCAGUUUAUUAAGGCCACACAUAUAUGCAGACCUGGAACUUAAGGUAAACAAACCGAUAAGUUUGUUCUGGAAAAGUUUUACUGACCGGUGUAGAAGGGGCUCAGUCUUUUUUUCUGCAUUUAUAUUCAGAAACAUGGGCUGAAAGUGUACAUGAGGGACCCCCAUGCCUACACCCCUAUGUUGGAGGAUGGGGUAGGAGGUGCCCCACCAAGAUCGCUCACCCUGGGCUCAGAUCUGGCCAUGAACCUGAAGGAGAUUGGGAAGUUCUCACAGAAGGAUGCUAAGGUAAAUUAACCAGUAUCAUACACUGCUCUCUUACAGAUUUAUCCUAACUUGUAUUUUACUCUCACCUUCAUCUUUAGGCUUUUCCAGAUUUUGUUGCAUACCUUGAGAAGCUCGCAGAAGCCAUCCACCCUCUCCUUGAUGCUCCUCCUGUUGACAUUCCUGGUGUCACCUCUGGAUCUCUGAGGAAGAGGGUGGCUGCAGCUAGAACCCUCAUGCCUAUCAUCAAAUGUGGUGCGUUGGCAGAGGUUUGCCUAAGAUAUAAGACGUAGUGUCACUUUUGUUUUGCACCAUAAUUGACUUGUGUUUUUUGGAUCUAAAGGAAUGAAACUUGGCACAAACAUUCCAGACUUUUACGAGAUUAUAACAGCACCAAUCAUGAAGGUUUGUAAGAGCUCACACAGUUUUUAGCAGUCUUUAUUGUUUUCUGUUAAAGGCUAAAUGUUUUGUUUAUGUUUUCUUGUCAUAGAUCCUAAAUCGGUGGUUUGAGUCAGAGCCACUGAUCGCUACGCUAGCUACUGAUGCUGUGAUAGGAGCCAUGACCAGCCCAAGCAAUCCUGGUAGUGGGUAAGACACCAAAGAAACUCAAAACUGCAGGUCAAAUGUGCACAAAGCUACAGAUUUACCACUCAAAUGAACUCAAAUGAAGGUUUACUUUGACCAUGAAUACACAAUUUGCAGAUCAUUUAAAUGACCAAUUUAAAAUCUGAGAUCAGGUAAAUCUUUAAUGCUGCUAUGAGGAACUUGGUUUGUGUCGGUUGUGUUACCUCACAUGGACAAAGCGACACCUCUGUCUUAUCCUGUAUGUAUCUAGCAUUGUCUGCAGAGUGUGAAAUUUCUCAAAAACUGUGAUUUUAUCAUCCGUCCUUGAAGGUAUGUGCUCCUGCACCAUGUGAUGGGAGAGGUAGAGAAGGAGAAAGGAGCGUGGGGAUAUGUGGAGGGAGGCAUGGGAGGUGUGUCUCAGGCUAUCGCCAGUUCUGCUCGAUCCCACGGUGUGGACAUUUUCACUGAAAAGGUAAUGCAGCUUUGUUGUAAUUCAGUUCGCCCUGACGUCACUUGAAAUCAGCGCGCUUGCAUUUUGGUCUUGAUGAACACGUGUGUGUCCUUGACAGGAUGUGGAGCAGGUCAUCGUCGGUUCAGACGGUGCUGCCAAAGGGGUGGCGCUUAAGGAUGGCACAGAAAUCCACAGUACAGUUGUUCUAUCGAACGCCACCCCGUAUGUAACCUUCAAGAAUCUCACACCUCAGGUAAUCAUCCAAAACACACACCAUGUUUAACAAUGGCAUUAUGUACUUUAGCUUAUUCCAGUUCAUGUUUUAAUUACAGGCUGCUCUUCCUUCAGAGUUCAUCAAAGCUGUAGACCAGAUAGACUACACCUCGCCUGUUACCAAGAUCAAUGGUAAAUCUGUUAUGUCUAUGUUUCAUAAAGCAAAACUCAGAAGUUUAACUCGUAAUACACGUCUUUCAAUUAAAUCACAUAUAUGAACAAGGGACGGCUGGGUAAUACUAGCAUGGAUGGUGCUACAGAAAUCUGGAAGGAAUGAAACAAAGACACGUCAACCGCAGUUAUAAAAGUGAAAAAACAAAACAUGAUUUCAUUUUUUUAAAUAACCUAAGCUGUAAGAACCAUGACGGAACCACAUUUUCAUCAAAACAAAGCUCAGAAUCAAGAUAAACACCCAUCAUUAUUGCUGUCAAGUAAUUUGACUUUAAAAAACAUCUGAUGUGGUAAACAAAGAUUUCCAGUUUAACAUUGUUGAGUUUAUUGAAGUUUCCAAACUAAUCAGAAACUUAGGCUUUGAGUUGAGUUCAACUACUAUGAAACUCAAUGACUAUGUCUGAGAACUGUGUGUAAGGGGAUACAUAUAAAUAAAGAAAAGCAAUGGACCCAAGAUUGAGCUUUGAUGAACUCCAUGAAGAGGAAAACUCAAAAAGGGAAAGAGCUUCAGGUUACGGGGUGAUUUGACUGCUUAUAAAAAAUAAAGAUAACCUCAUGUCCAAGGCUGCUUGUAAAAUAAUAGUAACUGAUGACAUUUUUGUGGCAUGACUGUGACGUUUUUCUCUUUCAAACUCUCUUCUAGUCGUAUCAGCCCCUCAUAUUUAGUUGCUGUGUAAGAGUUUCCUUGAUUGUAUUUUUAAGGUGAUUUUUUAGUCAUACUUUAGGCAAUUAAUCAGAUUUCUGUGUGUCCUAAAACAACUACAUAUAUACUCCAAGAGUGUCCUGUGUGGUGCCAUUUGUUGCUCAAGUCUGAUUACUACUCAACUCCGAAGACGAUAUGAUGGUCAACUGUGUCCUGAGAACUUAAAGCACAGCUUAAUCUAUGUCCAUUUUUAGUUGACCUGAUUUGAAUUCAAACACUUGCGGCACACUUCUAGCUGUUCCAAAAGAGCUUUGCAUAAAAUGUCAAUAUAAUUCCAGAGCAAACACUGAUUGCAUGUCAUUGUCUUUGGUGUGGUCGGUUUUGAUAGUGGCUGUGGACAAGCUGCCAAACUUCCUGGCAACUCCCACUCCAGAUAACAAACCAGGGCCCCAUCAUCAGUGCUCCAUCCAUCUCAACUGUGAGAGUGUGGAGGUGCUGGAGACGGCGUACAAAGAGGCCAUGAACGGGCGUCCCUCAGCGAGGUGCGUGAAUCUAUAACCUCCAACACGACUUCAGUGAAAAGCCAAAUUAUUCACCAGUACCUACUCCAACUCUGCACUCUCCAACUCCUACUUCCUUCAUGUAUUUCCUGGAUUCCUGCAGACCCAUGCUGGAGAUGACCAUCCCCUCAGUGUUGGAUCCUACUUUGGCUCCCCCUGGCUGCCAUGUGGUGUCACUAUUCACCCAAUUCACCCCCUACCACAUUGAGGGCAAGGAGUGGACUGACCAGGACAGAGAAGCUUACGCAGACACUGGUUUGAACUUUAAAAUAAUCCCAACUGUAUGAAAGUAGUUAUUCUGAAAAAAAAAGAUUUUUUUAACUCAUGUAGGAGAUCAGGAGUUUGUGUAGGGAAAAACCCUGGUAAAGGGAUAUUCUGGCGUAAAAUUACUAAAUUACUUUAAAAUUGGUUGGUAUAACUAGAGAAGCAAGCGGUCGGCAACAUUCAACUCUCAAGGGGGUGUCUAACUCGGUGUUACGGUGUGUUUGACUCUAACUUAAUUUUACGCCGGAAUAUCCCUUUAAGGAGAAAAACUGCUCCCACUGAUUAAUCAGUCUAUCUCUAGGACAGAUACCUCAAAGCAACAUUUGGAUAAUGAAUAAUAAAUGUACUGUUUGUCCCUGUCUCCUCAGCAUUUGACUGGGUGGAGAAAUACGCCCCUGGUUUCAAAAGUUCUGUGGUUGGCAGGGACAUCCUGGCUCCGCCUGACCUGGAGAGGAUCUUCGGGCUGACAGGAGGGGUACAAACACAAACACACACACACAGAGAGGACACUGUAAAGUGAACAGAAAUUUGAAUGUUGAUUUACAGCUGUUUCUCCUGACACAGGCAACUAUUCAGUGGAUGAGGAAGUAAUUUGCGUCCUCUCAGAGUUUGUCUGCUCAGGGACAGACCUGUUGUGUAAGCAGUUAAUGAUUGCUGACUUUUACCACCAGUCAUGAGUCACAGUCAAAGUUCAGAUCAGCCGUGUGAAGUGACAGGGACAUACAGAAUGAUAUAAGCUUCUGUUUAUUACACAGAACUUUAUGAUGUGCUGAGCAGCUAUCAAAAUCAGCUAUAAAAAGUUGUGCAAAUAUUUUGCUCUUCGCAGAACAUCUUCCACGGAUCGAUGUCACUGGACCAGCUGUACCUAGCCCGACCCUUGCCCUCUCUGUCAGACUACCGUACACCAGUUAAAGGGCUGUAUCUGUGCGGCAGUGGCUGUCACCCAGGUUUGCUUCCAAUACCAAAUCCUCAGCUGAGAAUCAAACUGCAAAUGUGACUAGUUUUUAUGUCAUAUAUGUGUUUAAUGCUUUCUCUCAGGUGGCGGUGUGAUGGGUUCACCUGGAUGGAAUGCUGCGCUCAUUGCCAUGGCUGAUCUGAAGCGUGGCUGAAACAUCAGGCCGCAUCAAACACGAAUCUCAUUGAUAUCAACCUUAAAUUUCCUGUCACUCCACCUCUUUCUGAGCAGCUACCAAUCCAAAGUAAAAUGUGAGCAAUGUUUGUAAAAUGAUCUGAAAUUUAAAAAAGACCAAAAUAAUAUUUCAAUCAUGCCGUUAAAAGCUUAAUACCUCUCUUGGUCAUAAAAUGAAGGGACAUCACUUAUUUAGUCUUUAAAGCCUCUGUGAGGAGUUUUUAAUCAUUUUUAUAGAUUGGAAUUAACAGCGAGGGCUUUUGAUGACCAGAAGAACAAACAACCAUUGGGAAAUAGACAGACAGUUUAUAUACAAUCUUUUUUUAAUGCAGUGGAAGAGCUAAGUGCCAGAAAAGAGGCUUUACAGCAUGGUGAUUAAACACUAUUUACUGCAACAGAAAUCAAGAUGAGAUCUAUUGUCUGAAAACUCAUCUUACGCCUCAGCCAGCAAAUUCUAUAAAGGGAUAAGACAUCUCACUUUGUCUUCAUGGGGUACUCAAAUUCCCACAGAAAAAAAGUUCCUGACAAGAACUUUAACAGCAACACAAUCGGGGUGCUAAAGACAAAUGGAUUUUAUAGAAUAAUUCACCCGUGCCUUAAAGAAAUAAGCCAAAACUGUGAUGAAAAUAAUGACGCACAAUAGAGCCUUUGUUCAAGCAUGUAUGAAUAAACUAAAAUGAAUUCAAA